AAAUAUAUCUUAUUGAAUGUUGAAACUGUAGUAUCUCAUCCAGAUAGUAAAAAAAUAAUAAUUAAAUAAGUACAAGCCACACUCAGCUCGUAAAUUCUUAAAAGGACCUCAAUAAAUGCAGUGUAGUUUUAGGCUCAACUUUUAAAUAUAGUCGUAACAUGAUAAAUGAUAAAUAUAUAGACGUAUAAUAUUUUUAAAAUAACAUCGUAAUUGUUAUUUUGUUUGUAAGAUAUGUUACUUAUUUGACUUUAAAAAGUCAACGAUAUUAUUGCGAUAAAUAAAACAAUUGAAGAUGAGUCCAUUAAGCAAAACAUUUAUAACAAUGAAAUCAAUAUCACAUUUAAAUAAAACUAUAGGUAGAGGUAUAAAAAUAGCACAAAUUUCAAACAAUGUUACGGCAGCGAAGACAACAAUAGAUACGAGUCAUGUAGAGAAACACUCACAGCAAGCCCAAGGAUGGUGGGAUCCCAAUGGGCCUAUGAAAGCACUUCACAGUUAUAAUUUAAUUAGAAUACCUUUUAUAAGAGAUGGACUUGUCUCCUGCUCGCUGGAUGAAAGAACUCUUUUGCCUUUAUCUAAUAAAGUUAUAUUGGAUGUUGGUUGUGGGGGAGGUAUAGUUUCAGAGGGAAUAGCAAGACUUGGAGCAAAAGUAACAGGGAUAGAUGCUAGUAAAGAAUUAGUAGAAAUAGCUAAAGAACAUUGUACAAUAGAUUCAAGACUAGAAAACAAUCGACCAUCAUAUCAUUGUACCACGGUUGAGGAACACUCUCAACAUUUUUUCGACCACUAUGACGCAGUGGUGGCUUCAGAGGUCAUCGAACACGUGGCUGAUAAGGAACUAUUUAUUCAAUCCUGCGUGAAAGCCUUGAAGCCGGGUGGAAAAAUAUUUAUAACGACACCAAACAGGUCCAAGCUUUCAGAAUUCGUUACAAUAUGUCUUAGUGAACACGUCUUCAAUUUAGUACCGAAGGGCACGCAUGAAUAUGAUAAAUUCACUACACCAACUGAAGUCACGUUUUUGUUGGAAAGAAAUAACUGCCAUGUCCAAUUGGUUCACGGUAUAAUGUACUAUCCCGUUAUAAAUAAAUGGGCAUGGACUAGUUCUCCUCUCCUAAUAUUUGCGUUACAAGCCGUCAAACUAGCCGAAUGAAUGAUUGAAAAAAUAUUCUCAAGAAUUGUAAAUAUUUGUUAGAAAUAAAUAUUAUAUUCUCA